GCUCAAAGUCGCGUAUAAUAAGAGGACUUGGCAACUGUGCUUGUUUGUUAAUAUUCAGGAGGAAGCGCUUUGGCAUUGGAAGAUUGCAAGGAACGUCAGGAUGUUCUAAUUAAUAUUCAUGAGCCAAAGCAGAGCCAUCAGAACCACAGACUUCAUCAAGAAUAGGAACUUUAGUCAAUUACUUGUCUGCUGACGUUUCUCUGGGAAAAGCUCUAUUGAAAGUGGAUUAGAGUGAGUCUCACGUCCUCCUUCUUUCUCAAGGGGCCAACUCAGUUCCAAAUCUUCAAGAAGCUGUCCCAUGAGCCAGUGCAAACACACAUGCCAUCUGGUGGUACUCCAGUGCAGCUCACCCUGUUGUCAUGGCCAGACAACACACCUACAGGAGAGGAAGGAAGGAAGUGAGUUCCCCCAACAGACUGGAUGCAACUUACCUGUGGAAAAACUCUCUCUUUCUCUUCCCCGUCUGCGAGAGAGGAACAGAUGAGGAUUGGAGGGGAUGAAGGAGAUCAGGGAUGAAAGGAUAAGCCCAAAGAUGGGCACAGAAAGGAAUACUCGGCCACACGAGGAUCCAGCAGCUUUUCUAAAGGACCCUGGCCAUGUAUGGACCCAUUCGAUCAGCUGCUUGACCUGCGAUAAGGGAGUUUGUCCAUUGAGGAGUAUGUCACUCAAUUUUGUGAGUUAUCUGUUAAGGUACCUUUUUGAUGAGGUCAUAUUAAAUUUCAUUUUUACAUUUUCCGUUUCGGACUGAGUGAGCCCAUAAAGUCAUGGUUACCUGAGGGGAAGUUUAAUUGUAGUUUAAAGGACUUUGUGGACUAUGCUUUGCUGUGUGCUGGCUCUUUGUUUACAGCGGGAGUCGUGGACGAGGGAUGCAACACCGCGUCUGUGACUAAAAUGGCUGACGCACCAGAGUGCACUCACAAAAUGGCAGGCACAACAACGCACCGUCAUUUCUCAGCUGAUCUUCAUGAAUCAAGUCAAGUCACAGCUGCAAUUUCUGAGUCAAGUCAAGUCACUGUUGAUCGUCAUUUACAUUUACAUUUAUGCAUUUAGCAGACGCUUUGACUUACAGUGCAUUCAGGCUAUACAUUUUUUUGUAUCAGUAUGUGUGUUCCCUGGGAAUUGAACCCACGACCUUUUGCGCUGCUAACGCAAUGCUCUACCACUGAGCCACAGAAACACUGUAUCAAGUCUGAAUCAUGAAUCAAGUCAAGUCACAGUUGAUCUUCAAGAGUCUUGUCACGUCACCGCUGAUCAUCCGGAGUCUCGUCACCCUGUCUGUUGCACCCCGGAUAUUCAAGGUCAGUCCUUCGAUAUUCCAGUCUGGUUUCCAGUGUGAAGGAUGCACCACUGGUGUCUGCACGUGCAGCUGGUAUCCCCAAACCCACUCACUCUAGCCCUUCUGUUCCUGAACUAAUUCUCCUGUCUGAAGCCCUUCCCAUGAUGGGGAUCGCUUUGUGUUGUAUUUGGGCUGCAUACACCACCACAGAACUUCCCGAGGUGGCGACGUCCACUGUGAUGUCUCCAGAGGUGGCGGCUGAUGCUGCAGAACCUCUUGGGGUAGUGACGCUCGCUGCUGUGUUCUCCGAAGUUAUGGCACUUGCUGCAGCUUCUCCAGAGGUGGUGGUACUUGCUGCAGAACCUCCCAAAGUGGCGGUGCUCGCUUCAGUUCCUUGUAUGGUGGUGGUGCCCAGCAAUGUACUCUCAGCCUGUCAUGUUGCGGUCAAAGAGACUGUUACUGCUGUAGAACCUCCAGAGGUGGCGGCAAACGCUGCAGAACCUCCGGAGGUGUCAGUGGUAUCCACUCACGAACCCUCGUCCUGUCACGGCUAUGGAGGCCGUCUGUGAACCCUCGUCCUGUCCUGUCACGGCUGUGGAGGCCACCUAUGAACCCUCGUUUUGUCCUGUCAUGACUAUGAGGGCCACCUGUGAACUCUCUGUCUGUCCUGUCACAGCUAUGGAGGCCGUCAGUGAACUCUUGCCUUGCUCUGAACCAGCCAAUGAGGCCAUCUCCGAACUCUCGUCUUGCUCUGAAUCAGGCUUGGAAGCUGAUUGUGAUCUGUCUGUCUGUCUAGAUGCUGAUUUUGAACUCUCUGUCUUACCCCUUUCUGUCAAUCUAUCUGAUCAGGAACUGUCAGUCUGUCCAGGAUCAACCUAUGAAUCAGUUUUUGAAUUGUCUGUCUGUCCCAUUUUCCCCAAUGAGUCUAAUUUUGAACUGUCUGUUUGUCCAGUUACUGUCAGAGGACCCGAUUCUAAACAGUCUGUCUAUCCAGCUUCAAUCCCUGAACUGGCUGCCAAUCCAGUACCUGUCAAUGCAUCCAAUUGUGAACUGUCUGUUGGUUUGAAUUCCGCAGUCAAAUCUGCUUAUGAACUGUUUUCCUGUCCAGUUUCAGUCAGUGAGUCAAAUUUUGAACUGCUUGUCUGUCCAGUUUUGAUCAGGGACUUCCUCCCAAAGCGGCGGUGCUCACUUCAGUUCCUUGUAUGGUGGUGGCGCCCAGCAAUGUACUCUCAGCCUGUCGUGUUGCGGUCAAAGAGACUGUUACUGCUGCAGAACCUCCAGAGGUGUCAGUGGUAUCCACUCACGAACCCUCGUCCUGUCACUGCUAUGGAGGCCGUCUGUGAACUCUUUGCCUGUCCUGUCACGGCUAUGGAGGCCGCCUAUGAACCCUCCCCCCUGUUCCGUCUCCGCUCCACCACCCUCCUGUAUUGUACUAUCUGGGGAGCGUCUGGGGGUUCCCUCUGUCACAAAUCCGGUUCAUGGUCUUCCGUCCACUCGCCAUCGGAGGUCGCCCUUCCAUCAUAUUGACUCUCGCACCACACAGACUGUUGCACGUCACACUGGACUACAGUUCCCAUCAUCCAUUGCACUGACACAGCUGAAUGCACUGAUCACACAGCUGUCACUAAUCACACGCUCACCUGAGAGCUAUUACACACACUAUAUAACACCUACUCAGUUCCUGUUCAGAUCGCCCAGUAUUGUCUAGCAUUUAGCGUUAGCUACUUUACCAAGCCAUCCCAUGUUUAUUUUCUGUUUAGUCUCUAGUAUUGUUAGGUGUUUAUCGCUCUCCAAGUGAUUAGCUGCUUUACGGAGCCAUUUCCCUGUCUUAGUUUCUAGUUCUAGUCUUUGUCUAGUCUCGUUGUGUUUCCUGAUUUCCUAGUUCCUGAUUCUUGCCCACGUAUUUUGGAUUAACCCUUUGCUUGCUGUUUUGGACUGUGUUUGCUCUUCGCCUGGACUUUUGCUCACGUUUACGGAUUCCCCCUCUUGUCUAGCCCUCUGGAUUACAUUUGCUGUCGUUCGACCCUGCCUGUGUUUUGACCAUGUUUCAUAAUAAAAGCUUGCACAUAGAUGUGCACGUCUCACGUCU